AGAAACAACGAUCCGUACUGUUUCCUCUGGUCCGUCACCGCAGCUCUUCAUCCAGUUAAAAAUAAUGUAAGCGUUAUCGGUUCGUACCCCCACUUCAGCUCAGUGCUAAGGUAUGAAGGUUUAAAUUUUCCCAUUGGCUUAAAGGACAUUUCGAAAUUCGAGAAGAUGAAUGAUUUGGUAAUUAACGUUUACGGUAUAGAGUAUGAUAGUGGUCAUGAGAUUGUACCAAUUUAUCUAAGUCAGCAAAAGUCAAACAAGGAAGCGAUUCAUUUACUCAUGUUAGAAACGAAAAUUUAUUCGAAUGGAGAUGACGUGGACAUGGAAGACGGUAGUGUUUAUCACUUUGCUUGGAUUCGAAAUCUAUCCCGUUUACUGAGUUCACAAAUUUCAAAACAUCAUGGUUUUACCAGACUGUGUGAUCGAUGUCUAUGUCACUUUACAACAGUAAACUCUUUCGAAAGACAUAGACACGAUUGUACAAAUAUAAAUAAAUGUAGAGUCGUAUUACCGGAUGAAAAAGAUAAAAUUAUGAAAUUUAAAAAUUAUAAGUAUAAAGAACCUGUUCCGUUUGCCGUUUAUGCGGACAUCGAGUGUAUGUUAGAGCCAAUUGCGGAUAAGUCUAAUUCGUUAAACACAACUCUCUAUCAAAGACACGUUCCAGACAGUAUAGCGUACUAUUUACAAUGUAACUUUGAUGACUCUAUUUCUAAAUUUAGAGCUCAUCGUGGAAAAGAUUGCGUGGAAUGGUUUACGAAACAAUUACAGGAAUUAGCUCAAGUUGUAGAGUUUUACCUAAAACGUAUCGUAUCAAUGGAAUUUCUAAAUUUCAAACAAAGAAAUGAAUUUUACUCGGCCAAGAUUUGUCAUGUUUGUGAAAAACCGUUUACACCUCAGGAUGCCAAGCAUCGUCAUCAUUGCCAUUUUACAGGCAAAUAUCGCGGUGCUGCACAUCAGUGGUGUAAUUUGAACUAUAAGAACUCGCAUACCAUUCCUGUCGUAUUUCAUAACUUAUCUGGUUAUGAUUCACACUUCUUGAUUAGAGCUCUGAUUAGAGACUACAUCUUUUGAGGGUUCAAUGAA